AAGUCUCUCAAGUUCUAGGCUCUGGCUCAGCUCUGGACCAGCCGCCCGUUCGCCGCAACCCCUCUUUUGCUACAGCUUUCCUUUGCAUACCACGUUUGUAUCUAUAUUCUGUCUAUAUAGCCACCCUCCAAACCCCCGCCCCGUUCGAUAUCUCUAGAGCAUUAUCUUCCUUCCGUUACGUAAGCGGCGGCGCCGCCCUUCGGACCUGCACAGCCUGGUUCUCCCCUUUUUAUCAGCUCCGCCUGCCAGACCAAUGCCACCGGCGGCUGUCCGUGAAGCUGCACCUAGCCGGACCGACACGCCUGCUUCUUGAGGAACGCUGUGGGGUCGGAGCGCCCCGCCGGAGUGCACCGAGUCGAUGCAGCAGCGUCCAACCAACACAGAACACCUCCCCCGGACAGCCACCGUGGAACCGCAAUGCAAAUCCCUGCAUUGGCCUCCGCACUGUCCAGGUCCCUGACCCAUUCGGACCGGCAGCCUCCACCAGCAGACCCGUCGUUGCAGCUCGGUUUCCAUGACCGCCGCACACUCUACACAGACAGAAGCACCGUGCAGUCUUCCAGGACAGCAGGGCAGAAAGGGGCGGCCGGGUCCGACGCACUUGUCGACCCGUUCGACGUCGUGCUCUUCUCCGAGACGUCCGCUGAUCCGCUCGCUAGCACCCUGCUCGACAACUACGGACCCACCUCUUCGAUUGUCUCCUACUCAGAUGGCAUCAUUCUGGUCGAAAAGGGGAAUGCCAUCGACUGCAUCCUCAAGUUUUACGAUUACGACACACUCGAGCUGAAAAUUCUCGUCAGAAUCUUCAAAGCAAGACGCAUCAUCCACAUCGAAGUCGUCUCCCACCUGAUACUCUUCCUCACCGAUGAUCGACAGCUCAUUCUUUUUGAUCCUGUCUCGUGCACUCUGUUGUCAUCAUUACAUUUAUCUUACCAUUUCACAGCUUUCAAACAGGUAAUCAAUUUAGAUGACAGCCGAACGGACAAAAAGUUGGCACUCUCUUUAUACGCUUCCUCCAGUUGUUGCCAACUGGUUCAGAUAGAUUUCUCUCUUGGAAAAUUGUCUCUGCUAUCCGCGUUGAUGUACCUCCCCUUUUGGCCUACUUCCUUUCUAUCAAUUGAACACACAUUUUUCUAUUUUUUCAGUUCUUCGGGCGAUUACCAAAUAUUUUCUAUCGGCGCUGACUUUAACGAAUUGGUAUCUUUCCCCGCUUCCAGGUCUCCGUUGUUGAUCGACCCCAAGUAUGGGAAACUGCAAGAUAUUUAUGCACUCAGCGCUCCAAACUUAUUCAUCUUCUUGCAAGAGAAUGGCUGGUCAAUAUACCAGUAUCAACAGCCCGAUUUGGUUGGGGAAAAUAAAUCCAAAAAGGUCUCCAAUUCACUAAAUAACUUGCAGUUGGUGAUAUCUUCGCCAUUGUCGUCCCCUUACGAAAAGAUAGUGAUAAUUGAGAAUCAGUCGUUUAUUCUUAUGAGAGAUUGCAAUACAACCUUGAUAACAGACAAUCACAUACAGCUAGUCGAAUCUAAAGCAACGCUAUUAGACAUAUUCCCCGACCGCAGAUCUUCCAGCCUAUUGGGAUUAUGCAGUGACAUUGAUGAAAACAAAUCUUUGAAUACGCUAACCAAAGAUUGUUUGCGUUGGAAAGAAGUAACAACUUCGCUGCAUCAAAAAUCAGAUACCUGCUGUAAAACACUCUACAGAAAUAACGAUUUCGUCAUAAGCAGUACAAACGACAGGAUCAUUUUGCAAAAUAUUGAAGGAAAAGAGGUUGGAACUUUAUUUGAUUUAUUUCAUAACGCUAUCCAGGUCAUAGACCUAAAUCUAGUUCUAGGCCUUGGAAAAACACUCAAGUAUUUCCUCGUUUUUGAUGCUUUUUUAAAUUUUCAACUUUUAGUACUAGAUGAUGCCAUUGAUCUCCUUCUGAAAACAGUUAAAAUUGCACCCUUACAAGAUAAAUCGGCUUGCAUUUCGCUCGUGUACUACUAUGAGGACCAAAAGUUGUUAGAAUUCAGCAGUGCAUCAAAAAAAUCGGUUUUUGUGAACCUUGAUGACCUAUUGGUGUUUGUUGCCAAUUCCAAAUCAAAGAACUCCAGAUUGAUAAUAUUCGACUCAACUGAAAACUGCUACUUCUUCAAUAGCGAUUCUGCAAGAUAUGAAGAUCUGAAAAAAGUUCCCAUUGAUCAGGCAAUGAAGAACAGUAACUUGUUCGUGGAUAACUCAUGGAUAGGAAUUAGAGAUAACAGUCAGCUGGCAGUAUAUCGAAUUAAAGAUAAUCAGUAUUUUAAAUAUCCUCAGCUUUAUUUACUUUAUACCCUUGUGGUGGGAGACUCAGAUCAGAAAUUAUUUGAAAAUUUAAGAAAGCAGAACAGCAAUUUGAUAAGGUUUGUUGAAAGGGUGGCUCAAUACUGUGUUGCCAACAACAGCGCAUUAAUUGAAGCUUCAAUCAAUACUAUUUACGGAAUUCUUGUUCAGGACCAUGAAAUGAUAAAACCAUUAUUCGAACAAUGCAAUUUGAGUAAGGAUGAUACAUUAGUAAAUACGGUUGUUAUGGUCCUCUGCAUUUCUUUGGAUAGUACCCUAGUCGAAGGCGAAGUUUUGAACAAGCUUUUCAUGAACAUUGUCAGUUAUGCAUUACUGAUUCACGAGCGAACUUGUGAAAUAUGUAUUGAUGUGUUAAGCAAGUUGAACUUAGAAAACCUUCGUAUUACCGAAGAGCAACAUGGUGACGAUACCUUUGACCUUAUUGAGUUUUUCAACGAAUUUCUUUACGUGAGAUCUACUCUUUUCAAUGAUCGAAAGAAAAGAAACUUUAAAAAUUUUCAGAAGUGCAAUGAUUUUCUCAAUUCAAACCUAGAGCAAAAUGUAGUGGAGUUCUCCAUCAUUAUUUUUACCAUCAUUGAAAGCGAAGCGUACGAUUUAGAGAGCAAGAAGUGUGUCCUUGACUACAUUGUAUACGCUCUCAUUGAGAAAAAGGACAGCAUAGAAUGUAGUGGAAGCUGUAACACUAUGGUGUAUUUAUUGGUUAACUCACUAUUUUCAUUCAUGUCGAGCACUAAAACCAAAUUUAACAAAGCUUUGAAAAAUGAUGAUACAUUCUGGGAGUCCUUGAACCUACUUUUCAACGUAUUGACGGCAAAUUUUGGUUAUUUGAUUGCCGCAGAGUAUCAGGAAGAUUGGAAAAAAAGUGUGUAUAACGACGGCAAAAACAUAUGCGUGUUUGUGGCAUUAGAUAUUCUUGGCUAUAUUGGGAUUGUUUUCAGCAAGAACGAAGCUGGCGACUGGUAUAUGAGGCCAUCCAAAUGUUCACGCUUGAAGUUACCAAGGUUGGAUAACGAAAUAGGAAAUGAAAAUAUUGAUACACUCCAAAUUAGUGAAAUAAUGAAGCAAAAUGAGACUGACAAGGGUGUGAUGCUACAGUUCAAAGAUCCCAUUCUUUUCAGCGACUCAAAAAGAAUGGCUCUUGUAAACAUGAGCAGGUUGAGCAUUCAAUUGUGGAACCUAGAGAGUGAUACGUUCCGAGAUAACAUGAGUAUCGAAGUAUUAAAGGACGAUUCGAUCCCUCUAAAAAUCCCUGAUUUCAAUAUGCUCAUGUUCCAGUAUAUUUGGAAGUUUUUUUCUCACGAAAACGUCCAAAAAACUGAAAAAGAAGGGGAUCAUGACAGCCUCACAACUUUUGUUGAAAGAUUCCACCACGAAAUUGUCGAUAAGAUUACUCCGACGAUAUCUCCGUUAACAUCUCCGAAACGCAAAACGCAACCACCGCUUCUUGGAUACACCUACUCCCAGCUGGCCACCAUUUACGAGCCAUACGGUGAACACCAAUUCGGUUUCUUGCUGGAAAGUUACCUCAAGGUAUUUCCUAUGCUGAAGGCCUCUGACAUCAGCAUCGCCGUCAUCGAGAGUAACAGCUCCUCCGUCCAGUUGCAACUCACUCUCCGAGGACAAGCCAUCUUUGUCUUCACAUCCCACUUCUCCGCGUCAGAAGCCAUUACGUAAUAGGCUGCCCCGGUUCUUUUAGAUAGUUGUACGCGGCGGGGCGGAAAGGUUUGAAAAUAAGGCGGCCUACUGUUAGAAUAGGGAAAUCAGCUGGUGUUUGGGCAGGGACGGGGUUUUUUGCAGCUUGUUGUAAUCCAUUGAAG